AUGGGUGAAGAAACUGCUGACUAUUAUGAAAAUUUAGCUCGUCAAAAUAAAUUAUUCAUUCCCAAAAAAGAUGCGACUAAAGAUGAAUUACUUAAAGCAAGCGUUGGAUACACUGCCAUUAAGAUUCAUGAACAGGAUCCUUAUUUUUUUAUGGGAUAUUAUAAGAACCAAUAUGCAAUUGAAGAUUUGUUUCACGAAGCUGAGAAUGCUAUGAAAGUUUCAGAAAUUGCGAAUGAUGAUGAUGCUAUUUGUUUAAUUAAUAAAGUUAUUAAAGUUGAAUAUGAUCAAAUUAGAACACCUAUUACAAUUAAAGAGGCUUUAAAUUGUUUGAAGUUACGUGAUCAAGCAUACCUUACUCAAGGAAUUAAAGAAAUUCAUGAUUUUGGCAUUUCGAAUUAUAAUGGAAUAGAAUAUGCGAUCAAGUAUGACGAUAAUUCAACUAAUUAUGUUAAAUUGAAAAAUUUCAAUUUAAUUCAAAAUGUUAUUAAAUGGCUUAACACUAAAAGAUACAAGACACCGCAUUUUGAGCAAUCUGUUUUAGAAUCUAUUCGGAUUGGAAUUGGAAUUAAAAUUUGUUUGAAAGGUUUUAAACUACUAAAUGGAUUAAAAACCAGAAUUCCUGAAUUUAUCAAUAAAUAUGAUAUUGAUUGUAAAAAUGAUAAAAACGAUAAAUAUGACAUCAUUUUAUUCCAAUUCAGUAAUUUCUUGUUUUAUUAUUUGAAAAAUAUUUUUGAAUAUGUAAUUGGAAAAAAAAUUAAAAGUGGAUAUGAUCAAGAUUUUGAUCAUUCUAAAGUAGAUGAAGCAACUAAAAUAAAAUGGGUUGGAUAUGAAAACCGAGAUAAUUAUCCUAAGAACCUCAAUCAUAGCAAGAAGAGACCAGUUUGUAUUAAAGAAGAUGGAAUUUAUUCAAUUACUAAUAAUUACGCAUUUAAAUUUGAAAAUAUUUCUAUCAGAGAAAAGAAAAUUUUGUUAAUUACUGAUGCAAGUUAUCCUUUUAUUAGUGAUUUUGAUGCCUUUAAAAUGCAUGUUUUGUUUUAUGAUUUUAAAAAUCCCUUUGAUUACUUUUUAAAUGACGUAAUGGAUAAGUUAGUUAAUGGUAAAUUAGUCAAUGGUAAAUUAGUUAUGGAUAAAUCAGUUAAUGGUAAAGUUAAUAGUAAAUUGGUUAAUAGCAAAUUGGGCACGCACGAUACCCGGGAGUGA